CAUUAACAUCAUUCUAUACCCAAUUUAAAAAUAUUUAUAAAUAAUUUUUACAUCAUUUUGUUUUGCGCAACUCGUAUUGACCUAUCGCCAUCAGUGUUGGCCAUGUUGGUUUUAUUGUGAACGUACUCUCUGGAGGUGGGAAUGUCUUGUGAAUGGUCACUUUCGUUACUCCCUAAUAUCAUGCUGGCGGGCGGGCAUUGUUAUAUUUAAUAUACGUUUUAAACAAAAAAAGAAAAACUUUGUGAUGAGCACGUCAAUAAAUAAAAUCAAAUAUGUUUUCGCCUAAAAAAAGGUUAGAUACUCCAAAUGAUUAUGAAUUUCCAUUUCCUCCUUACAAAAUACAGAAGGAGCUUAUGGAAGCAGUAUACGAUACAUUGACCCAAAAGUCAAUUGGUAUAUUUGAGAGUCCAACGGGUACAGGAAAGUCAUUGACUUUAACCUGUUCUGUUUUAAAAUGGGUCGAAGAUCGUGAGAAAUUGGAGCGAAAAGAAUUGGCGGAACGCAUUUCUAAUCUGGACUUAGAAGUUAAACGUAUUGGGAGCAAUGUUGAUGUGGUGGAAGAUUGGAUAACUGCUAGCUAUGAAGCUAGGGAGAAAAACAAACAACUUGGGAUUCACCGCCGUUUUCAAAAAUUGUUACAAUUGCAUGAUGACCGAUUAAAAAAAAUGUAUGAGCAUCAAAAAGAAUUUCAUAUAGAACGCCGGUAUAAUAAUCCGGAAAAAAUGGUACGCAAUGCUAAUUUAAGCCUAGAGAAUGAGCUGACUGAUAUCGUUGAUUGGGAAGAACACUCUGCGAAUUUUGAUAGUCAAGAUCAAGAUGCCAAGGAUGAAGAAGAAAAAUAUCGUCCCAUUCAGGUAUUUUUCUGCAGUCGUACUCAUUCACAGCUAGCGCAAGUCGUAAGAGAAGUAAAACGCACGCCAUACGGAAAGCGAAUACGAUGUGUGUCCUUAGCAUCCCGUCUGCAAUUAUGUAUAAAUCCACAAGUGAAAAAAUUGCCUAACGUAAGUCUCAUUAACGAAAAGUGCCUAGAUAUGUUACCAAAAACUAAGGAUGGAAAAGAGAAUAUAGGGACUAAAUGUUGUAAAUAUCGCAAAGUUACUUUGAUGCAGAAUCUAAGCGAAACUGCUUUGUUUAAUGUAAUGGAUAUAGAGGAGUUGGUUGGCGAAGGUGAAUCAAUAAAUGCGUGCCCAUAUUACGCGGCAAGAGAAGCUGCGAAGUCCGCACAACUUAUAAUGCUCACAUAUCAAAUGCUUCUGCAUCGGCAGACGCGUCUUCAGGCAGGCAUCGACUUGCGAGGUGCCAUUGUGAUUAUAGAUGAGGCGCAUAAUUUGCUAGAUACAAUUGCCCAUUUGCAUAGCUGUGAGUUGACUUUGCAACAACUAUUAUUAGUACAACAACAACUUACGGUGUAUAAAAUGCGGUACUUAAAACGGUUCAGUGCAGUCAGUUUACUUAAAAUCAACCAAUUGAUAUUCAUUGUAAAACGACUUGUAAAAAUACUACAAACCGACACACCCGUCACUGCGGGAAAAAUGUCACAAUUUUCUAGAGUGCUUCGCACAUAUGAACUUACGGCAGAAGGCGAAUUUUACAAUAUCGACUUAUUUUCUUUGCUACAGUUUUGUGAGAAAUCACGACUGGCCCAAAAGUUGCAAGGGUUUUCCGAAAAGCCAGUUUUUUCAAAAGCAUCAGUAGAUGAACACUUGGAAGGUUCAGCUACAAAACAACUUCUUAAACAAAUUGAGAAUUCGCAAAAAAAUAAUCUUAAGGAUAAAACUGCCAUUGAGAAAAUAGAUGAAGUAAAUAACAUAAGCCAUCAAACAAAUCUCAAUAACGUAACACCAAUUAGCGCACCAUUCCGCGCUCUCCUCACAUUUAUUCAAUCAUUAACGGAAAAAGAUGAAGACGGGCGUGUUAUUUUAACUGUCGAUAUAACCAGUGUGGUCGGCCAUAGUACGCUUAAAUAUAUAUUAUUAAAUCCUGGUGCUCACUUUGCGGACGUUAUCCAGGAUGCUCGCUCUAUAAUUGUUGCUGGAGGAACAAUGCAACCGACCAGAGAAUUGACCGAGCAAUUAUUUAGUGCUUGUUCGAAUCGAGUUCGGGAACAUUUUUAUGAUCAUGUUGUAUCAUCCGAUGCAAUAUUACCUUUAGUGGUUGCACAAGGACCAACAGGACGCCGACUUUGUUUCAAUUAUACUGAGCGCAGUACUAAAGAUAUGCUUAUCGAAUGUGGCAUGAUUAUUCAAAAUGUUUGCAGUGUAGUACCCGCAGGAAUUGUAUGCUUUUUCCCAUCGUACGACUAUCUAGACUUAGUGUACAAUCAUUUGCAAAAGUGCGGUAUAUUGGAGAGAAUAGCGACGAAGAAACGUGUCUUUUCUGAGGCGCGUGCAGCGGAGGCGGCAGGCUCAUCGGUCGAAAAGCUUUUAAAUGACUACAGUGCGGCGAUAAAAGCACAAAGUAGUGGCGGAGCGCUGCUUUUCAGCGUAGUGGGAGGUAAAUUAAGUGAGGGGCUUAACUUUGCGGAUGAUCUGGGAAGGUGUGUUAUUGUCGUGGGCAUGCCUUAUCCAAAUCGACAAUCUGUUGAGUUACAAGAGCGGAUGCGAUACUUAGAUGAAACACUGGGCUCUGGUGCCGGCAACGAAUACUAUGAGAAUCUUUGCCUGAAAGCGGUUAACCAAUGCAUCGGAAGGUCUGUGCGGCAUAUCAACGAUUAUGCUUGUGUUUUGCUUUUGGACGAGCGUUACUGCAAAGCUGAUAUUCAAGUGAAGUUGCCACAGUGGAUAACACGUAGCUUGCAGAUACCGAAGACUUUUGGCACAGUGCAAGCGGCAACGGCAAGAUUCUUUAAAAACAUUAAAUAUAAAAAAUUGGAAGCAGUAUAAUAUUAAAAUUAAUAAUGUUUAUCAGUAUUUCUGUCUUAAUAUUAAGUGUAACAUUUGUUGAAAAGUAAAUUAUUUGUAAAUUUUCGAACAUUUUCGUUACAAGUAAUACUUGGGUGUGAAUACCGCUUUUGUAAUUUAAGUUCAUUUAUAUAUUUUUGUGUUUUUUUUAAAUUUGUGUUUUUUUUGUUUAUUCAUACUGUUAUUUUAUUUAUUUUAAAGGAAAGAAAUUUAACCGUAGUUCAUACUUUCAUCGAAGUAAAAAAUUACACAUUUAUAGUUGGUUUAUAUUGGAUGUAUUUAUUACGUUAUUAUAUGUAUAUGUAUUAUUUUUUAUUUAAACUAAUUUUGUUUUGUUUUAUUCUACGUUAAAUUAAUUUUACUUAUAAUAUAUUUAUAUAAAUGACCAAC